AUGUGGUUUGUUUCUGCGCUAACCAAUGGUCACGAGCCUUCUGCCUCGGAUGCCUCUGCCAGACCAGCUUCUACCAGCUCCGCUCUCGACUCUUCUGCUGCUCAUUCAUCGGCUUCGACCUCCCCUCGUGGCACUAUCACGGUUACCACGACUAAUUCUGGUACGGUUGCUAACUCCGCUUCAUCGGCUUCAUCUGCUUCCAAUUCAGGAUCAAUUUCCGAAUCAGAUCCGAUGGACGAUGACGAAGAAGAUGAUGAUACUGGAGAAAGCAUUGAAGAGGAGGAGAGGGAUGAAUCAGCAUCCGCUGAAAUCGAUGCAGUUGGUGGGGAAAUUCAGGAUAUUGAGGAAGAAGAGGAAAGUGGAGCUGGUGAAGUGGAGCAUGGCUCAGUAUCUACACAUUCAACUUGCUCCGAAUCCGUCCUUUCUAGUUCCUCUACUGCUUCCAGUAUUUCGGGCGCCUCUAGAGAUUACGAUGAUCAGGGUGAGGAAGUAGACUGUGGAGCCGAGGAAUGCUACGAAGAUGGAGUUGAUACAGAUCUUGUGGUGGAUAGAGCUGAGAGGAGGGAAAUUACGGACACGUGUACAGCAGAUUCUAGUGAAAAUGGUCAAGACGAUGCUUCUGCUAACCAUUUUCAUUUUCUUUACUCGUAUGGAGUAGCUUCUGAAGUGGAGCCCAGUUGCCCAGCCUCUGACGAACAGGUCGCUUCGUUUAUAUCCCAUGACCCGCCGCUUAACGAGCCUUUAAAUUAUGACGAUUCACUCUUUUCAACGAACCAAGUCAUUGAUUCUGGUGUUUCGGUGCCAGCUUCUGAUAUUCAAUCACAGCUUGUUGCUUCGGUUUCUACAGUACCAAUCAUUCUUGAGUCAACAAGCUCUUCCUGUAUUCCCCCUAUUUCUGGGCCCGCAACAGACUCAGAUCCGUUACAUGAGACAUCCCCACUUGAAAGUUCUGCUAUUGCAGUGGGUUGUCUAGAUUCAUCACCUACGCUACAAUUUUCAUUACCUCUGCAAACUAUUAAAGCUCCUACUUGUUCCUCAAGUCGAACAAUUAGAAAACUCGAUGAUGUGGUUACCAACGCCUCUGAUGUAUUUAACCUGACUGACUAUCCCUUGACUCAACUCAAUAGCUCAUCGUUUGUCAAAGAAAAUAUCAAUCCCAUUAGGUCAGCAGAGGUUAAUGAGGGCUUCUACGAUGAACAGCAACCGAGCUGUGGCUUGGUGACUCUUCUAAAUCUGCAACACCUAGAGGCGAUCGAUGGCGACGACGUGAAGACAAUCCUGGACGAGACAGAAAGUGACCUCUUGACU